CGGUUUUGAAGAGGUAGAUUGGUCUUGUUUGUAUCGAAAAAAAAAAUGAGACUAAUGAGACUAACUAGUCCUUGAGGCACGGUCUUAACGCAACCGGCCCCAGGAUGUAUUAAUACGCCUCUGGUGAUCAGGUAGACAACAUAAACAAGCUACCGCUGACACGGUACACAUCGGGCUCGCUGCGCCCUCUAGCGGUUAGGUGUCCUCCGCGCGCCGCUGCGAUCAGCUGGGAAUUUGCGACGGCUGCUGGCGGGUGAGACGUCCACCGUAACUUCAAAAUGCAGGCUCACGAGAUCCGAGAACAGAAAGGCAACAUGGUUGAGUGAGGAUGAGACUACCUAGCUCUGUCCUUGUGUCGGUCUCUUUGUUUACGGCCGAGACGACGGCUGCCCUGUAUCUGAGCAGCACUUAUCGCUCCGCUGGCGAUCAGAUUUGGCAGUGCUUCACGCUCCUCUUCACGCUCGUGCCGUCCGUGCUGGUGCAGCUCACGCUGAUCUUUAUUCACAGAGACCUGAGCAGAGACAGACCUCUGGUGCUGCUGCUUCACAUCUUGCAACUAGGACCGAUAAUAAGGUGCUUGGAUGCCUUCUGUAUCUAUGGCAGUGCCGGAAAGGUGGAGGAGCCGUAUGUCACCAUCACCCGUAAGAAGCAGAUCCCCCGGGAAGGGCAGACCGAGGAGGUGGAACAGGAAGUGGGCCAGGCAGAGGGGAAGUUAGUCACCCACAGGGCCGCUUUCGCCAGGACAUCGGUCAUACAGGCCUUCCUGGGCUCUGCACCCCAGCUCACCCUGCAACUCUACAUCUGUGUGCUGCAGAAAGGGGUUUCCAUCGGCAGAGGUACGUUGAUGGUCAUUUCCCUCCUCUCGAUUGUAUAUGGAGCCCUGCGCUGCAACAUUCUGGCCAUAAAGAUACGCUACGACGAUUACGAGGUGUCCGUGCGUCCGUUGGCGUACCUGUGCGUGUUCCUGUGGCGAGGGUUCGAGAUCGCCACGCGUGUGGCGGUGCUGGUCCUCUUCAGCUCUGUGUUGAAGGUGUGGGUGCUUCCCGUGGUGUCGGUCAACUUCGUCCUCUUCUUUCUUCACCCGUGGGCCCUCUUCUGGAGCAGCCGCUCUCCUUUCCCGGAGAACAUUGAGAAGACGUUGACUCGCGUAGGGACCACCAUUGUGCUCUGCAUGUUGACCUUCCUGUACGCUGGCAUCAACGUGUUCUGCUGGUCCGCUGUUCAGCUCAGAUUGGACGACCCUGAUCUGAUCGACAAGGGUCAGGCGUGGAGACGCCUCGCUGUCUAUUAUUCCCUCCGUUUUGUCGAGAACACGGGGCUGACUUUGAUGUGGUACGUCCACCGGACUGAGUUUUACCAAUGGGUGGACGCCCCCGUGUUAGAAGUGUCGCUGCUGUUAGGUUACGCCACAGCUGUUUUCUUUAUGUUGCUCUUUUACCAGUUUUGCCACCCUUGCAGACAGCUCUUCUCAUCCAGUCCAGCCCAAGGAUUUUGGGAAUGCUGUGGAUCCCUCUGCCUGCUUCGCGGGACGCUUUCCCAGCCAAGCUCCAUGAGGACCAAGCCGCCAGGGAAAGACAUUGGAGACGAUCCAUCCUGCGUUACCAAAGGGGAUAUUGGACAGAGCUUGUGCGGCGCUGUUUGAGCAAAGCACGUCUUAAUGAAAAAAGUUUGACUAAAUAGGACAAUUCUGUCAUUUACUCACUUUCUUCUCCAGGGUUUUUCGAACUCCGCUGACGAUUAUUGCAUGAACAAAGGCAGUUGUUGUCACAUAAAAUAGUUUCUCUUGCGUUUUGCGGAAGCAUUUGGAACAUGAGGGUGAGUAAAUAAUGACAGAAUCUUUUGUAGGUAAACGGUAUAAAAAAAUAAACUUUGUAUGAAGUGCCCUUUAAGGAUCAAAAGAGAGAAAUAAAACGGAAAUGUUGGAUUUCUGCCUUUAAUGGUGGAAUGUAAAAGUCAACGUUUAUUGUACUUUGAGAAUAAUAUACUUUUUCGUGUUUGGUUUACCAGUCAAACGAGCCAGCAUGUUCUACUGAAGUGCAUGUGAAAUUUCCUACCGAGAUGAAACCGCUGCUUUUGUCAUGUGAUGUGGGAGCGCACUGUCCUUCGAUUAACGUUAUAGCUAUGUCUAUGUGUACGGAUUAUUUAAAGAUGAUUUAUUUAAACGAUUGUAUUUAAGCUGUUGAUUUUUCCAUCACCUUGGGGGAAUCGCUUUUUGAAAAAUGUCUGACAACCUCUCAGGUUCAUUAUUAAUACUUUCAUCUAGUUCAUCUUAUUAUUCUACUUAUACUGUGUGUAAGACUGUGAAAUUAGUCGUAAGACAGUGUCCUAUCAUGUGAUAACAUAUGGCCUAAAUUCAAGCAAUUGCCUGAAAUGUUAGAAGUCAUGGAUAGAGAAAAUUACAGUCGGGUUGCCAGGACCUUCGUUAUCCUGCAAACAAUGAUUUAAUUGAUUUGUUUUUUUUUCUUUUCUUUGUUUACAUUCCUCUUUUGCACUUGUCUCAUCUGGAGACCUCUUUUGAACAUUAUUUUGAAAAAAAUGUCAUUAUUUUUAUGUGUCUUAACUUUACCGCCCUCUCGUGGAGAGCUAAGUUUAUUUAUUUUGCAAUACUGUGAUUGGGUUACAUCUGGAAACUCCCUCAAAAUAUUUACACCACAGCUUUUGAUAUGUGCAACUGUCAGCUAAACCCAUAAUAAAUAAAAUAAAUAAAGGAGAAUGUUA